GCACAUGCACAUUUAGUGCGUUGUGACUGUGAGCGCGCUGGAGGAGACACACGCACAUCCACCAACCAGCACGCUGCUGAUCCGACACACACACAGAGAGAUGCUGCACGCACUGGUAUUUUAGUGUCUCACAAAUUUUAAGGAUGCACUGGUCAAUGAACACGCUGCCGCUGCCUCCGUACGUUGAGCUCGGCGUCCACUCGCUGAGCGGCCUCCUGUGGACUCUUCUGCUGCUCUUCCUGUGGCACUGCUACCGGAUGGGCUCCGACCUGCCGAUCCCGGGCCACGCGCACGCCGGGAAGCUCAAGUCAGGCUCGAGGCGGUCCAUGUUGUCACGUGGCGGCGGCUGUGCCGGAACAAAGUGCAGCGCGCGAUCCAAGCUGUCGAGGAGUGAUCAGAUUACUCCCUUCAUUUCCAUGGAAACGGAGGAGGAUGAGGAGCAGGGACAGGGCUACCUCACCCCGGUGCUGAGUCAUGCCUUGUUCCCAGCCCAGGCAUCUGCAGAGGCCAAGAAACUGUACGCAGCACUGCAAGAGUACGCCAAACGCUACAGUUGGGUGGGCAUGGGCCGAAUUCAUAAGGGCCUCCGUGAGCAGGUCAGACUGAACGAUCACUCUGCGAUACAGAAGCCUCAUCUCUUCUUCCUGCCAGACGUCCCGAGUGUGCCUUUCUUCCCACGAGACGCUCAUCGACACGACAUCGAGGUCUUGGAGGCCAACUACUCCGUCAUCUUGGCCGAAUUCAAGGCUGUAUACCAGAGGGGCAUCGACUCAAAGCUAGGCUGGACCUGUCAGGGACCGAAGGGCCAGGCAGUGUUUCCUUUGUACAGCGCAGGUGUCUCUGUGGCGGGAAACUGUCGCUCGUGUCCCCGCACCUACCGGACACUUCUCUCUCUGCGUACGUUCAUAAGCAGCAACUCGUUGGGAUCUGCUGGUUUUUGGCUGUUGGGGCCCGGAGCCACGUUGGGGAGCUCAUACGGACCCACCAACACACGCCUACGUUGUCACCUUGGUCUGCAGACUCCAGCCCUGUGUGAGCUGGUGGUGGGAGGAGAGCCUCAGUGCUGGUCAGAAGGACACUGCCUCCUGGUUGAUGACUCCUUCCUCCACACCGUCUCCCACAAGGGGCCUCCAGACGCUGGACCUCGAGUCAUUUUGAGCGUGGACCUCUGGCACCCGAAUGUGGCUGCAGCCGAGCGACAAGCUCUGGACUUCAUGUUCAACCCCGACCUCUGAAUUUGCUCCUGCCAGUAUACAACACGCGGGGAUGCCUUACUUUAGCCCCGCUUGUUGUUGGCUCAUGCAUCUCAUUCCAGUCGAUGAAUCACUGUGUGAAUCUGCCCUAAGAAUUACACAAGCCGUCAGCCACGCUUACAAGUGGUGUUGGAUUUAUGGUCUGAAGCAGGAAGUGCCACAAGAGCGCGUUAUUAUGAAUGAUGCUAUAGACAAUGUUAGGGUGUUUUCACACUUGGUCCCUUUCAGCCCUCCAAACAGACUCAGAGCGAUUAGUCAGCAUUCUUUGUGCAUAUGUCAACACUCCAAAAGAACUAGACCCUCUGAAAGUCCUCUUAACAUGGACCAAAGUCAAAUCAAGUCCGGGUUGCAGUUCUCUGAACCUGUACAUUGUGAACACAACGCGCUCCAGGUUUGCUUCAGGGAUGUCACGAGAACCGAUACUUCGGUACCAAGUUGAUGCAAAAAUUCUGAAGACGUGACGGUACUCGUUUUUCUACAGCACCGCAGGUACCGUAUGUACCGUCGAGGCUGGAGACUAACGGCGUCCCGUCGUCCCGGGAACAAAAGAAAAUGUGUUUGAAUUUUGGCGAAAAACUCGAAUAAAUAGGGUUGUUUGAAGGAGACGUUUUUACAGUUUUAGAGACACUAUGAGUGUACAUUUUACAACCUUUGCUUGAGAAUAGAGAAACCUUUCUGUCUGUAUCAGUCUCACUCCCAAAUGCUCCUUAUGAUUGUAAUAACUGAUGACAAAACACAUUAAUAACUGCAUCGAUUGCACCGGCAGGACAUCCUGAAACACCGUAAAACACAGCGGUGGCAGCAACUUGACGAAUGCGCUGCAUUUUCCAUAAACACCACUCAGAUGUUUAUGGGCUUAAUGAGUCUAUUUCAUCAGGAAGAUGUGGGUCUGAGCUCCAGAGGAACUAUAGUGUGAACAGAAAGAAAACUGAGGCCUCUUUCAAAUGAACUGACAAUGUGAACGCAAAAAGAGCCGAGUCUCUUUCCUGUCGGUCCCCUUUAAGAGGACUGAGUUUGGUCCAGAUGUGGAAACACCCCUAAAAUGCUGCGGCUGCAAACUACGAACUGACAUCACUUGAAAGCAACGACGAGAUGGAACCUAAGAAGAGCAGAUCUGGUGUUAACUGCUGUACAUCUGAUCUCGACAUCAUAUACUAUAUACUAGUGAAUGCUAUUUGCAUGUGAAACCAGUCUGUCCUGCUUACCAGACUUUGUUUUGAGCUGCUUAUGCAUGUGCACGAGCGCACGGGUCAGCCUUACCUAUAACGGUUCAGCCAGAAAAACUGUGAAAAUCAUGUAAAUGUAAAUUUAUUUUUGUUUUCUAAAAUGAAUGACAACAAACUUAUAUUAACUUUUGCUUACUGUGAUUAUUCUUUAUCUUCUUAUUACAUAUGUAUGCUUGUGUGUUUCUAUCUAUAAAUCUAUAAAUCUAUUUUUUCUCUGUUUAUUGAUAUAAUUGGUGGUUUGCUCGUAUUAUAUGACAUGCACACAUCAGGUUUUUUGUCUGUUUUUCUUGGAAUCAAAAUAACAAAUAAAGAACAAAUCAAUCCGUA